CACGUGGGCGCGUGUCGAAGGUCACGGCGCCCACAAUGGAGCUGUCGGCGUACGCGCAGGGAGGGUGGCGGCUGCUGGGCGACCCCCGCCGCUUCCCCCGCCGACCCUACGCCGCUCUGCUCCGCGCCGCCUUCCGCAGCCUCCUCCUCGGGCACCCCCACCAAGGCUUGGACGAUCCAGACCUGAAAGAUAUUGACCCCACGGUAUUAAAACAUUGCCAUGCUGCGGCUGCCAUGUGUAUUCUGGAGGCAGGAAAGCAGAAAGCCGACGUAUCUGCUAUAAGCGCAUGUCUAGAAGACUGUAAACUGGAUAAAGAGAGAAUAGAACAGUUUUGCACCGAAUAUCAGAAAAACAAGGAUGCGUUGGAAAUCCUGUUGGGAAGCAUAGGCAGAUCUCCUGUACAUAUAACUGAUGUGUCUUGGCGCUUGGAAUAUCAGAUCAAGAACAACCAACUUCAUAAAACUUACCAACCUUCCUACUUGGUGACCUUAAACGUAGAGAACAGUGAUUCAGGAUCACACCCAGAUGUUAGUUUUAGUUGCACGAUGGAGCAGUUACAGGAUUUAGUUGGAAAACUAAAAGAUGCUGCAAAAAGUCUAGAAAGAGCGUCUCAGAUGUGACUGAAGGAAGGUGUCAGCCUGCUGAGCUGAAGUGCUCUCAUUCCUACUCUCAUUCCUAGGAGUGUCUUCUAAAUGACAAAUGUCCUUCAUCUCCUGAUGCAAACUCUUCCUUUUUUUUUUUUUUCUUUUUUUUUUUUUAAGUCCUUGGACGCGAAUUAAGUGAAAUAACUGGUUUUUGUGACCACACUUGGUAUUCCGUGCUCGGGUCAUUUUUUUUUUAUUAACUCGUGUUAAAUAUUUGCCUACGUGCCAUGUCUUCAAAGCAUUCCUUCUCUUUUAUUUUGUAAUUUUUUAGAAUGGCCACGGGUUAUUUUUCUGUGGGAUCUAAUAAAGUUUAUUCGCUCCUGUUCUGCA